CCGAGCUCAAAGAGUGCGCCAAAGCCGAAGGGCAGAAUCGACCAAUCAGCGGCCUCCCCCGAGCACCGUGAGCCGGGCAAGUCGAACCUCGUGCUACCGCCGCCAUUGGCGCAGCCGUCACCACCGUCGCCAGCCGGCCAGCCAAGCAGCCUGGAAGCCGUAAAAAAAGCCGGCCUCGGCCCGGUCUGUCUGUCGCUCACCGACGUGUCUGGCGCCGGUCAACCCGACACGUCCAGACUACCCUCGGCCAGGGCCACGACCAGCUCCGACUGCCCGUCAGCCAAUCAGGCCGGCCAGUGCGUCUGGAUGCCGGUGCCGGUGGGCAUGUUGGCCUCCUGGUUCAACCUGCUCGCCUCCAACGCCGACUGCCUGCCUCGCGAUGCCCUCAGCCGGGCCCAAGCCACUAGUGGCCCCAGCCCCAGCCCCAGCCCCAGCCCCAGCCCCAGCUUCGGCCUCGGGCCCGGGCCCGAAGCGGUCCAUUCCGAGGCCGAGACGAAGACCGAUAACGAGACUGGGACCGAGACCGAGACUGAGACCGAGACCGAGACCGAGACCGAGACCGAGACCGAGACUGAGGCCGAAUUUGGACUGCAUUGCCCAAAGGGCCUUGCAAGCGAAGACAACCGCCUCCAUCCGCCCACCACCACCGCCACCGCCACCGUCACCGCCAGCAGCAGCAGCAGCACCGCCACCAACAACAACUGCAGGAUCGAGAUCGGCCCCUCUCCAAUCUCGACGCCCACAUGCAGACCGACCUCUUUGGCGGCACAGUCGAGCCUCAACUUGUCAACCGCACCCGCUUCCGCCUCCGCCUCCGCCACCCCGUCCGACACACCGACUGGUCGACGACCCCGUUGUGAGGGUGAACAUGCCCAACACCUGCGCCACCAUGAGCCCGAAAUGAUGAUACCGAUGCUCGUGGCAGGCGAGCAUGCCUCGAGUGCACAGUCGCCAUGGUGUCAGGAGACCGGCGACCGGUCAAGGCAGGCGUGA